AUGGCUCACAUGCUGAAGGUUUUGGAUGAGCGCUGCCCGCUGAAAGUCAAGCCUUCUAAGGUUCUAUUCAUCUUCAUCUCUGUGCUCAUGCAUGCUCCGUGUAGUUCCAUCAUGCAGAACUGCUCUCGACCCGACACACCUUCCCUGCUGGAGGCUCUCCAACCGGUCUUCAAGCUAAACGAAAUUCGACCUACCAUGAAUAUUUCAACUCCCACCAAUGUCAGCAUUGGCUUUGUCCUGUUUGGCAUUUUGGGCUUGGAUGAAAAGGCUCAAGUUCUUAAAACGUAUAUCUGGCAAGAUAUGAGAUGGAGAAAUGAAUUUGUCGAGUGGGACCCAGAACAGUGUGGUUCUUCAGCGAUUACAAUUCCAAGGAAACUGCUCUGGGUACCAGACGUGGUCAUCAAUGAAUUUAUGGAGAAGAAUUCAGCUCCAUUCGUGCCCUACAGUUACCUGUAUUCAAAUGGCUUCGUGCUGGAUUCACAUCCGAUCAGAGUGAUCAGCUCCUGCAGACUCGACAUCUACACGUUUCCAUUUGACGUCCAGAACUGCAGUUUAAGCUUCAACUCUUAUUUACACCGUAAGGCUGUUCUGCAGAUGGACAUCUUUACCUCUGUAGAGGAUAUUUUAAACCAAUCAAAAAAAGUGAUGACAACCAUGGGUGAGUGGGAACUCAUUGGUCUCACAGUGCAGACGAUCACUCAACCAGCUGGGGAUGACGAAUUGUACCAAGAGAUUCGCUUCUUUGUGACAGUGAGGCGCCGGGCCACCCUCUAUGUGGUGAACCUGCUGAUCCCCAGCUGCUUCCUCAUCACAGUGGACCUCUUCAGCUUCCUGCUGCCCCCUCAGACUGUGGACCGUUCCAUGUUCAAGAUGACCCUCAUCCUGGGAUACACUGUCUUCCUGCUCAUCAUGAACGACCUGCUGCCCACCACUGGAAACACUAUUCCUCUCAUAAAUGUGUUCCUGGGGCUGUGUCUGGCUCUUAUGAUGAGUAGUCUAAUGGAGACUAUCAUCAUCACCAACCUGCUGUGUGGCUCCGCUCACUACUCUCCAGUCCCUCGCUGGCUCCGAGUCUUGGUUCUUCAAAUCCUGGGUCGCCUGGUUAGGCUUCCUCCAAAGCCCAGAGAUCUAGAGGACACAGUCAUCCAGAAUCCUGCCACACAAGAAAUGAAGGUCUUCUCUGUGGUGGCAGCGGACAGCGAGGCUCCAAAACAGAAGGGACAGCUGAAUAACGACAAGGCCCUUCAGGAGCUGAGGAGCCUGGGUAAGGACCUCCAGGCCAUCCGCCUCCAGGUGCAGCAGCAGCAGCAGGAAGGAAGCCAGACCUCGCAGGAGUGGAUCCAGGUGGGAUUCAUCAUAGACCGCCUGCUGUUCGGCCUCUACAUCCUCUUCAUAUCAGUCAGCUUCGUUACCAUGAUCAUAAUCUGGGUGAAAUCAUGA